GGUUUAGCAGUGAGAAAUUUGAUGGAGAUUGUGACCUCUUGCUUGAAGGAACUGGGUGCUUGCUUGCUCCCUGCUGUCAAAGAAAAACUACGCUACAUUACAAGCACAAAAGAUUUUUUGGAUGAAGUGGAGAGGGCGUUGCGAGAUCUCAAAAAUAAUUAUGUCCUGGUAGAUCAAGAAUUAGUGGCCAGUAGCCAUGGGAUGCAACUCACAGCUCAAGUUCAAAGAUGGCAUGAUGAGGUACAACUCCAAGGUAAAGAAACUAUGAUGAAUCAAAUAAAGCAUGAGUACAACAACAGAGGUUGCCUUCUUGGAAGUUGCUCUCUCAAUUGUCGGGCUAACUACAAAAUCAGCCAAAGAUCAAUUGAGUUACUCAAAGAGAUCAUGCAUCAAUUGAGUUACUCAAAGAGAUCAUGCGCUUGAAGACAGAACAUAAAGAUUUCAAACCAAUAAUAGAGCCACAGUCUUCAAGAGCAAUUACAGAGAUCCCUACUUCAUCAAUUGCUGUAGGCAACACUAUAAAGUUAAAUCUCGAGAAAGUUCGCGGCUUCUUGGCAGAUGACAAUGUAUCCAUGGUGGGGAUUUGGGGCAUGGGUGGGGUCGGAAAAACAACUCUUUUGAAUGAAAUCAAUAACUCAUUACAAGGUGGCGAUACUAUUAUGGGGUUCAAGUAUGUCAUCUAUCUGGUGGUUUCAAAAGAACCUCAAUUUGAGAAGCUUCAAAAGGAGAUAUCUGAAAAGCUGGGAAUGCAAUCUCACUCUAAGAAGAAUGAUAUAUUUGAGUUUUUGAAGAAUAAGGAUUUUUUGCUGCUCUUAGAUGAUAUGUGGAAGGCAGUGGACCUUCCUGAAAUUCUUGGUAUUCCACUUCCUCGCCAUCAAAUUAGCCACAAUUUGAAAGAUGGAGGUCCAAGGUACAAGCACAAGGUGAUCUUCACAACCAGAGAAGAUGAUGUGUGUGCUCGUAUGAAAGCUGACAAGAAGAUUGAAGUUGAAUGUUUGGGUAGAGAAGAAGCAUGGGAUCUUUUCAAGCAGAAUGCAGAUGAAGGGGUCAUUAGUUCUAAUCCUACUAUUGAAAAACUGGCAAUGAAAGUUAUGGAGAAGUGCUCGGGCUUACCACUCGCCCUUAAAGUUGUUGGUCGAGCCAUGUCGAAUAAGAAGAGACCUGAAGAGUGGCAACACAUGUUGACAUCAUUAUGCAAGGACAUCAAAACUACACCUGACAUGGAAGAAUCAUUGUUUCACAUUUUAAAGGUCAGUUAUGAUAAUUUGAGUGACGAAACUUUGAAAGAAUGCUUCCUAAGUUGUGCUCAAUGGCCUGAAGAUAAGUUCAUUAAAGUGUCUGAUCUCAUAAUGUAUUGGAUUGGAUUUGGAUUGAUUGACGACUUUGGAAAUAUUGGAGAAGCUUUUGACAAGGGAUAUGAUCUCAUUGGGAAUCUAAAUGCAGCAUGCUUGUUGGGAUUGGAGUCCUCUCGGGUCGCUGAAGAUUAUGUCAAAUUACAUGAUGUGAUUCGUGAUAUGGCACUGUGGAUUGUUUCCGAAUGUGGGAAGAAAAAGAGCAGAUGGAUUUCAGGUGCAAGGGUUGAUGAUUUAAGACAAUCUUCAAAGUGGGAAGCGGUUAAAUGGAAGGAGACAGAACGAAUAUUGUUCGAAAAGGACCAGCUGCUUGAAUUAUUAAGUUAUGAAAAUAUUGAUGAAGAAGACCAAGUUUCUAUUGCACCAACUUCUCCUCGAUUUCCUAAUCUUGAGAGUUUAUUUAUGGCCCAAGGACAGUAUGAUGGGAAGCUCGUGGAGGUUUCUAUUCCCUUUUUUCCUUAUAUGCCAUCUCUCACCUACUUGCAUCUAUAUGAGAUAAAUGCCAAGGUUCUUCCAAAAGAAAUUCGAGUUUUAGUUAAUCUUCGAUACCUCAACAUCAGCUAUACAGAGAUUCAUUCACUUCCACCUGAACUAGCAGAACUGAAGGAAUUAAAAUGCUUCAUUUUUAGACAACGAAUGUUUACGACAAGAAGAGUAGAAGGGUUGUCAAUAAUAUCGAGGUUGCCCAAGUUGCAAGUGCUUGAUCUCUUUGGACAUACUUGUUUAGAAGCAGACGAUUUGAGUUUAUUGAAGAGAAGAGUUAAAGCGAUUGGUUUGCAUGUGACCUCAUUCAAGACUCUUGGACUUCUUAAAGAUUUUCCAACUUGGAAUAUAAGUCUGGAAGGACUAGGACACAGUAUGCCUAUCCUCCGCUUUUGUGACUUGAGUUGCAAACAUGGUGGUGAGGGUUUGAUGAACUUAAGCAUCAAUGAUUGUGGCUUUGAGGAGUUGUUGAUAAAUGGCAGUGGGGCCAGUCUAAAGCAUAUCAAGUUGGACUCGCUUUCAAAGCUCAAGCAAAUCACUUGGCCAAAAACAGUUCCCAGUGAAUGCUUCCAGAGGUUAACAUCUGUUUCCAUUUGUGGUUGUGAUUCUUUGAGGAGUCUUUCAUGGGUUUUGCACCUGCCAUGCCUCAGGAAAUUAAAAAUACAAUAUUUAGCAAUGGAGGAAUUGAUUGACCCUGCAGACAUGCAACAAGCUUCAUCAGGCCUCACCACCUUUCCUAGCCUACAAUAUUUGAGAAUAUUGGACAUGCCCUACUUAGUGAGCUUAAGCAGAUGUCCAUUGGAUUUCCCUGCUUUGUCUGUGCUUUCCAUGUUCAGGUGUCCAAAUCUGAAAAAACUUCCUUUCAAGCCAUCCAUUGUCAAUAAUAAAUUCAAGUAUGUGAUCGUUGAAAAAAAAUGGUGGAAGGGUUUGGAAUGGGAGGACACAACAAUCCCAUCUCACCUCACCAAGUUUUUCCACACAGGAAUCUUCCUACCAACAUUUUAGUAUAUCAUUAUUGUAAAUUUACAUUCAGAUCAUUAUUAGUUGGAAAUAAUCUUUAAUUUAAAUAAUGUUGUUUUAGUACAAUUUUCAU